AUGGAUAACGUCGCACCGGAGACAAAUGGGCCUAGCUCUGAGAGAAACCUGCUUGCAAACCCCAAGGACCUUGCCCCCAUCGCCUGCUAUCUUAGGCAUUGUACCAUGACACACGAUGGAGUUGCCCUCUCCACUCAGGACCUGACGUCGGCGACUGGUUUAGGUGCAAGCCCCGCGGCGCCGCACACCUCCCUGGCUCCCAGCACGGAACGGCUUCAAGUCCACGCCCUACUACAACCUCUUCCAACCCUCCCCACGCCCAAUUGGGGGCUGUCCGCGGAGAAACGGCAAGACUUUGCUUCGCCGCCGUUUACCACAGGGACAGCCUCGCCGUCACCAGCUUUGCAAAUACCACAACCGGCCAUCGGGCUGCCUUCAACACCCGUCGGUGAGCCCUUUCAGAGGCUUUUCCGCGACGAGGGCGACGAGGAGCACAUGGGACAAGGUGUGGGCCGGAAGCGGCUGCGGCGGUGGUCCGAAACCAGCACCUCCCCGUCUUCGGCUCGAGAGGUAGAUCCUGUGCACAUGGAGACAGCCAAGCUAUCCCUUGGCUCCGAGUACGGGCAGCUGAGUUGUCCAUACCGCAAGAGGAACAAGGCCCGGUUCAAUCUCCGCAACUAUCCGAAAUGUUCCAAGCCGUUCCGGAACAUCGGUCUGCUCAAGUUCCAUGUCCGGGAGUCCCACGCGGAAAAGAUUGUGUAUUCGUGUCCUCGAUGUUGGCUACGGUUCGGGUCCCACACAGAUAUGAAGAGGCACCAGGCGGACCAGUCCUGUGUUGCCCGCCCCUGGCCUCAAUGGCACGCCCGGUCCAGGGAUGUCGAAGAUGGGAUUGAUACGAGGACAGCCAGCCUGCUGAUAGAGAGGAAGAGUCCUUACAAAGUCUCCACCUGGGAAGAGCUCUGGCGAACCUUAUUCCCAGAUGACGCAGAAGUACCAUCGCCGAAUUGCGAACCAUGUGUCGAAGCCUGCGAGUUCAUCAGUGUCAGUCGGGAAGCAUUGCUCCUGGCCCAGGAAAGGCUCCCGGAGCCGAUUACCGGAAUACUAGAAAAGAACCGCUGUCUUGUCGUCAAACCGAGCAAUCUUACCUCGCAACUUGUCGAAGUUAUGGGCUCAGUCCUUGAAGACUGUCUCGCCCAGGCUCUCGGCGACUUUGAGCACGCGAUAUCACUUGGGCUGCCCCCCAAGCUCACGUCCUCCGUGCCUCGGCCCGGCGAAUCUCCUCGCCACAAUCUUCUCCGGGACAAGCACAGCAAAAACGAGCGAAAGUACCCCUCCAAGCUCUUGCGCGUGCUCCCCGAUAUCCUUCCCGGCGAAGAGGACGGGGCUGAGGGUGCGUCGUUGGUCACCGGCGAAACCAAGCGAAGAGGGGAUAGCAGUGGCGGGACAAGGCGGAUAAGCAAGGCCGACGUGCUUGACCGGGCCAUAGGGGCUAUCCAGAGGUAUUUGAGUCACACUGGACCACAAUAGAGCCAAUGCACUCCAGGGAUCAACGCCUGUUAUGUGACCUCUGCCGCAUCCGUUGGCUGCCUUGGUGGGCCUCGCGUAUACCUAGGUACAUAGAUAGGUACGUAGCUUGGUCUAGCAGUCGCCUUGCGUCGAGCCAUUGGAAAAUGGUGUGCCUGCCUGCAGUGCCUUGCAUUGCCGCUUUGAGUCUUUGACGUGUGUGUGGCCGUGUUGCAGUGCGAUGGGAGGUCAGUCAGUAUCGUUGGCAUCUGCGAGGACUGCGUGCACUGGGUACCAGAACCAUGCACAAGGGCCAGGAAUGGAAGUUGGUUGAAAUGAGGUUAGAUAUAAAAUGUGUGACUCCCUUAACUUCAGCUGGAAAAUGUGGU